AAGGGGCGCCGAGUGGGCACACGUGGGAGGUGGCGCGGCUGGUGAGCCUAUGGCGAGUUCCGCGGGGCUGGCAUUGUGCGGGCAGACCUUGGUGGUGCGGGGUGGAAGCCGAUUCCUGGCCACUUCCACUGCGAGCAGUGAUGAUAACAGCUUCUUUACCUAUGACUGCAAUGAUGAAGAGAAGAAGUCACGAGAGGAUAAAGGGGAGGAUGGGCCACCCUUGGCCCUGGGGAGCGGUGCGAUUCUGGCAUCCACCUUCUCCAAGUCUGGCAGCUAUUUUGCUUUAACUGAUGACAGUAAGCGUCUGAUUCUUUUCCGUACAAAACCAUGGCAAUGUCUGAGUGUCAGGACCGUGGUGAGGAGGUGUACGGCUCUGACCUUCACCGCCUCUGAGGAGAAAGUCUUGGUAGCCGACAAGUCUGGAGAUGUCUACUCCUUUUCGGUGUUGGAGCCGUGUGGAGACGGCCGUCUUGAACUUGGACACCUGUCUAUGCUGUUAGACGUGGCUGUGAGUCCUGACGACAGCUUCGUCCUCACUGCCGACCGGGAUGAAAAGAUCCGGGUGAGCUGGGCAGCUGCACCACACAGCAUUGAGUCUUUCUGCCUCGGACACACAGAGUUUGUGAGCCGCAUCUUUGUGCUGCCUGCUUAUCCUGAGCUGCUCCUGUCCUCCUCAGGGGACGGCACCCUGAGGCUCUGGGAGUACAAAACGGGCCAUCAGCUGUGUUGCUGUCACCUGGCCAGACUGCAGGAGCCGGCGGAGCCUCAGGACCACAAGAGGUUUGCCGCGUCCAGGAUUGCCUUCUGGUGCCAGGAAGGCUGCGUCGCACUUCUGUGUGACAGCGUCCCUGUGGUCUACUUCUUCCAGCUCGACGCCCUCAGACAGCAGUUGGUGUACACACAGCAACUGUCCUUCCAGCACCGGGUGUGGGAUGUGGCUUUUGAGGAGACACAGGGCCUGUGGGUUCUGCAAGACAGUCGGGAAGCCCCCCUGGUGCUCUGCAGGCCUGUGGACGGCCAGUGGCAGUCGGUUCCUGAAAAUGCUGUGUUAAAGAAAGUCUCUGAUGUUCUCCGUGAGAACUGGGCCAUGCUAGAAGGUGAGAGCAUGAGGCUGGCAUUAGGGUGGUGCCCAGUGCUGUGCACAGAGAAAGCAGGUCACGGACUGCGACCCACAGUAGGGACUCAUGGAGUGAGUGAAGACCAGGCCUUUGGGAUGUGGGGGUGUCUGCGUCUCCCCAUCCAGAAGGCAGUUGGGGGGAGGCACACCAGGGGCAGAGUGCCACCUUCCUCAUGGUCUCCAGAGGGCAGCUCAUAGCAGCAGUUUCCUCAGCAUGGAACCAGGAGACCACUGAUAGGUUACAGGCCCAGCUUGACUUCCUGAUCUCAGGUGUGCCCUGUUCUCUUGGGAACUGGUCUCUAGUUCAGCCGGCGUAGGGGCCAGGAGCUGAGAGCCAUGGAUCCCAUAUCAGCAGGUGCUUUCUGCAGUCCGUGUCAGGUGGUACCCGGUCACUGCCCUGCCUCAGGAGGGC